CUUCUACUUUUUACACUUCUGCAACUUUAUCUGUCCUUCACUGCUAUGCUCAAAUCAGCCUCUCUCUCUCUCUCUCUCUCUCUCUCUCUGGGCGCUUUAGAAAUAAUGGAUCUCUUUUAUUGAUUCUUGCUCCAAAGUUGAUGUCUUUAUCUUGGUUUCAUUUUUAAUUGCUCCUAUAUACAUAUUCCUCCCCAAAAUCCAACACAGUCGUUUUCUUUUUCUUUCUUGGAGUUUUACAAUUUUUUCAUAUCUUGAUACGGCUAUAUUUGCUGCUUCCUACUUCUUUCUAGUAGCAAUCAAACUAGAAUUUCCGACCAAAAGAAAAGGAAACUGUCACCUUUUUUCUUAAACUUUUUGACUGUGUGAAGAACUUUGUCUUGCAAGAAUCACUACUGUGGUUCUCCUCUUCAGUAUCAGACUUUGCAUAUUUUGAAACUUAGAGUUAAGUAUCUUUUCCCCCUUAAAAAUCGUUCCUUUAGAUUGGCAUUUUAUAACCUUCCUCUUCUUCUAACUUAAUUAAGUCGGGGUCCUAUAAUAUAAUUUGAAACUUUCAGUAGUUAGAACAUGACUUUAAGUGGAAACAGUUUAGAUAAAUCAUUUUGCUAUCGUUCUCUUUUAGCCUAGUGAAUUAUUGGAUUUUGCAUUUCAAUUUAUAUCUGGAGGACUUGGCAGUUUUCUUUUCCCUUUUUAGAUUUUGGUUGGUCCAGUCCAGUCCAGCAGAUAAGCUACUUUAAAUUCAAUCAUUAGACUCCAGCCGACAGUGGUUAAAUUAUUAUUUGUAAAAAGUAAAAGUUGAGAAGUACAUUAUUGGUUAAGGGCGUGCUUAAUUUACAGCUGAAAUAGCUUUUCAAGAUUCUCGUAAUCCCUAUUUUGACACGUAUUGUUGUUAUCUACAAGUUCCUUUUGGCUGCGGAUUCUUCUUUUGUUUUAUCAGUACUAAGAAAAGGUUUAGUUUUCUUAACUUGCUGGAGUUGCUUGACUAGAUAUUACUCCUUUUAAUUGUGACGUAAUUAGUUUGCUGUAUAUCUAUUAUCAGUGAAACCUGAAAAUAAAUCUCUUUUAUAAUAUGGCAGUGGAGAUGAAUUUGUAUUUCCACACCGUUGUUGGGUCAUUUUAAAUGUUUCCUCAAUAUUCUUUGAAGUAGGUGGAUGAGCACGAAAAGGAAGUUUUGAUUCUUGGCGUUAGGGACAAAGCUUAAAUUGGAUAAAGACACUUGUAACUUUGCAAUUAGAGUGUGGUUAGUGGAAGGCAAUUUUGAUUAGCAAUUUGAAGUCUUUUUAUUGUGUGAUCGAUGGAAUCAUCCUCCUCAUCUAAGAGGGCAAAAGCACCUGGCAAUAUUGCUCAAGUAGCUCAUUGCUUGGUUGAUGGAUGUAAUGCAGACCUCAGCCAAUGCAGAGAGUAUCACCGCCGCCAUAAAGUUUGUGAGGUCCAUUCAAAGACUGCCAAAGUCACGAUUGGGGGUCGAGACCAACGUUUCUGUCAGCAAUGCAGCAGGUUUCAUUCCUUGGUAGAAUUUGAUGAUGGUAAGAGAAGCUGUCGGAAACGUCUGGAUGGACAUAACAGGCGUCGAAGGAAACCUCAGCCUGAUUCUAUGGCCAAAACUUCUGGAUUACUUUUUACUGGCCAGCAAGGGACGAAAGUUCUGUCAUUUAGCAGUCAACAAAUUUUUCCAAGUGCAGUUGUGAGCUCUGCAUGGGCUGGCGUAGUCAAAACGGACAGCGACAUGGUAUUAUACAACAAUAUAAAUUGCAUGGACAAUCAAAACUCGUUCCCUGAUUCUUCGGCUCGUAGUAGCUACAAAGGAGGAAAUCAAUUCCAGUUCAUGCAAGGCAGUGAGCGUAGUCUCCCUGAAGCUUCAAUCUGCCAGCCACUUGUUGAUCAUCCCAAUUCUACAGCAGCAGUUCCUAGCAGCGGACAAAAGAUCUUCUCCAGUGGAUUGAACGAAAUUGUGGACUCUGAUCGUGCUCUCUCUCUUCUGUCAUCAGCACCCGCUGUAACUAGGGAGAUUGGUUUUAGUCACAUGGUGCAGCAGCCUGCCUCUAUCCCCCGGCCCCGGCCCCAGUCACAAUCUGUCGUACAUAGCCUGCACUAUGGUGGUCUAAGCCAGUACCCUUUUGCUCAGGAUUUCAAUAGCCAACCUCAAGAUUCUGCUGCAGAUUCACAUGUUAGCAACAGCAGCUCUCUGCAUUUCCAUGAUAUGUUACAAAAUGCACCAGAUGGAUCAUCUACAAGUGGUGGCUGUCAGCAAACACUAGCCUUUAUGUGGGACUAAAUAAAAUCAAAAUUUGGUCUCUGUUAACAUCAAGAAAAUUCCUUCCAAGCAAAUGUUAUUCCGAUUAAGAAUGUUUAGCUUCUAAUUAGCGACAUAAUUUCUUCUCUAAAAUGUCGUAAGAUCCUAUCAUGAAGUUAUUUGUGACAGGUUGACUUUUGUGUGAAAUAUGAGUUGACCAUUCUAUAUUCCCUUCA